UUUUAUAAAUAUUAGAAAAUUUAUUAAAAUUUUAAGUUUUACUGCAUUAUUAUGCAAUGUUUAAUAAAUUUAUGUGAAAUAAAUAAAAUUAACAGUUAAAUACGUUCAUGUAAAAAAAGUUAUGCGUGAUUAUAGUCUAAAAUGUUGCCCACAAAAUCAUAUAUAUCCAAUCCACCAUGACAAUUGCAUACGCAGAGAAAUUGAGAACGAUUAUACAAAAUUAUGUCAACUUAAUAAUAAGACGAAAAUGUGCAAGACAAAUUUGUGCUGCUUUUCCGAACCUAAAGAGAUUGAACCAAUUUUUCAUGAAAAAUGUGCACCUCUACAUCACAUAAAAGCUAAAUUAAUAAGUAAAGAUAAAAACGAUAAUGUAUUUAGGAACCGAAUGAAUGAUAGAAAGCUUGCGAAAUUAAAAAGAAUCGAGUCAGAUAAAAAUUUAAAAAAAUAUCAAAAUACACAGAAAGGGAAAACUUGCAAAUCCAAACAUUUGAAAAAGAAAUGUCAAAAGGAAAUUUUACAAAAACAACUUAAACCCCCAACUGAAGUUUCUAAACUAAAAAGCUUAAAAGAGGCUUAUGCAAGUAAACUUCAAAAUCGUAUAAAGCUAUUAAGUAAACCUAAAAAAUAUCCAGAAUAUAAACCAAAAACAUGGGUACUAACGAAGGCAUUAAAACAUUAUAAACCCACUAGACGACUAUGUGAGUUAGCUAAACCAAAAAUGUAUUAUAACAACGACUAUAAAGACCCAUUUAAAGUGCCCGAAAAGGCUUUAAGUUACCAGGCCACUUUAAGAAUUCAAGAACUUGCUAAACCUAAUAAUAUCAACCACAAAAUCUUACAGGAGGCGAAAAAGAAAAAUCCUUUUAAAAUAAAACCAAAAGCUUUAAGAGCUAUAGCUACUCAACGUAUUAAAGAGUUGGCUACUCCUAAGGAUUACUAUAAUAUACACAUAAGAGCAAAUCCUUAUAAAGUUUCUAGGUUAGCUUUAAAAGCUAAAGCUUCAGCGCGUGUUAAACAGUUGGCCCAACCAAAAACUAGUGCUAAGUAAUGUUUGCAAAACAAUACAAAGUUAGAAUUUUUGAUAAAUACUCCAAUUUUAAAGAAUUUUCGAUUAAAACUAAAAUUUAAGAUAA